UAAUCCCUGCAUGGAGGCUGAGAUCUGAUGUUCUAGGACAAUUCAUGCCUUUGGUUGGAAUGGACUGGUCACAGACUGGUUUACCCGUCUAUUUUCUGCUAUUAAGUUGUAUAACACUCCUGACAAGAUUGUUAGAGAUUUCUGUCAACUCAUCCAAUCCUAUAUUGCAGGAAAAUGGGUAUCAGUUACUUUUUCUAAGUGCACGUGCCAUCUCUCAGGCUUAUAUCACUAGGCAAUUCCUAUUUAACCUUAAACAGGAUGGAAAAGCUUUACCAGAUGGGCCUGUUGUUAUUUCCCCAGAUGGGCUCUUUCCCUCAUUAUUUCGAGAAGUUAUCAGAAGAGCUCCUCAUGAAUUCAAAAUUGCUUGCUUAGAGGACAUCAAAGCGUGUUUUCCUCCUGAUUACAAUCCAUUCUAUGCUGGUUUUGGAAUAGAGACACAGAUGAGUUUAGCUACCUCAAGGUUGGAAUCCCAAAAGGAAAGAUUUUUCACCAUUAAUCCAAAGGGGGAGGUUGCUUGGCACCGCCUUGUUAACACAAAAUCUUAUAGUUCACUUCAUGAUCUUGUGCAUGACAUUUUUCCUCCCAAAUCCUCAUCUGAGCAGGGUGUUGUGUUGGGCCGAAGAAUCGUC